UAUGGGCCGAUCGUAUCUGCAGGAUUACCUAAAUAUAGGGUUUCCGCAAGUCGCAGAUGGAACAGGCCUCGUCGCCUUUUGGCCCUGCUCCCUUGCGACGAGCAGCUGUUGUAAACCGCCUUUGAACCAGAUAUACCCCUUCCUGUUGUUAUCUCACUCGACAGUUCUGCUAAGCCUUGACGAGUUGUAGCGGCGAUCGGUCCUUGUUCGACGCUUAACAACCCCUGGUCCGGCGAUCAUUAACCUGUGAUCUGCCUUUGCCUCUCCAUCCCUCUCCGCUCGCUCUCACGAUCGUAAAUUUCGCGCCCGAUAUCGAUGUACGAUGCAAUGAAGUCGAUAAGAGAUGGGAGAAAAUGAUUCAAAAUCGGAACAUGGCAUUGCUAUUGAUGCUUUCAUAUCGGCACAACACGAUUCGUACAAGAGCACUAUCAUGUCGGCUCCAGAAAUGACCGAGACUUCAAUACGAGUCCAUACAGCGCCUGGCCCUACCCCAGGCAAUGCAACCGGCGAUGGGGACGGGACAUCGAAAACCGCUAGGAGGCAUAAGCCAUAUUCCAAGACCACUGUGGUCAGGCUGGUGUCCACGAACGCGACUUCAUCUGCAUUCCCCGAAUCUCUCGGUCUCGCCCUAUCUGUUAACGGACGGUGGUUGGCCGCAUUCAGCUCCUCUGCGCUAUACGUGAUAUCUACGGAACAUCUACCGGCAUAUAAGAACACAUGCAGGGCAUUUCACGUACGAAGAAAACCUCUGGCUGUGUCGAUCAGCGACUCGGGGCGAUUUGCAGUAUUGACGACCUCGCACAAAAUAGAUGUUUACUAUUGCGAGCAUGGUGAUUUACUGAAAGGAGCGUGCAAGAAAUUAGAAACAAUUCAUCUAGACAACGAGGCGAAGACUCUGGCGUUCUCCUGGUGUGGAGAGAUCGUGGCUGCUGGCUCGGACGUUGGGCUCGAGAUCAAGAAUCUCAGCCCGGGAAGCAUGGAAACAGAUAAGAGAUAUAUAACCUGCUCUGCCUUGGACAGGUUAAUGUUCUCAAAGGACAGUCGGGCCCUUCUCGCUACAUCCGUUUUCAAGAAAAGCCGAUACUCAACCUUCAUCUCUCUAAACGACUCGUUCGAGGAUGCCUUCGUGGAGGAAGUGAUCGAACAGCAGCCGCUUGGCAAACUCUGGAUAACACAGCUUCUGUUUCCUGAGCGUGUAAAGGCACGGCAAGCUGCUCUCCUUCCAACCUCCAACAGCGACCUAGUGAACAGCGAGAUCCUAGCCUUUGACUCACAUCUCGAUCAGUUCAAGGUGUACGACGUCACUAUGAAGCGAUUCACAAGUAGAGAGUUGGGCACACCGGAAGAGGUCGUCUGGACACGUCAUCACAAACCUGAAGAGUCCGUCCCAGCAAUAUCAGAAGAUGCAUCCACAAUCGCCGUCGCUGUACGAUCGAAGGUCGAGAAAGAGAUUUGGGUCUACCAUGUUCCACCAUCGUGGUGGGAGCCUGCCCAUACGGGCUCUCCCGAGUCCGAGAGCAGCGAUGGGUCAAACAACGCCCUCGAUGCUGCAGAAAAGAUCAAGUUGUUUAGUAUCAGCGAAGGAGCACCGCCUGAGACGAUUACGAAUUUGCAAUGGGUGCAGACCAUGGAGGCGGAAAUUGACAGGCUUGUGGCGCUGGUCAGCACAUCCAAUAUCGUAAUGCCGGAGGAAGUGGUACCAAUUGAAGCUCCUGCAGCGAGUGGCAAGCUUUUCUUGAUUGACUUUUUGGACAACACCACAGACGAGAGCGCAGAACAGCCACCUGAAGUUCUUGUUGAUCUAGGCGAGCUUACAGUCUCCGAAGAUCUCACAGAUGAGGUCUUGGAGCUCGAUCGGGAAGUAGAUCUAGUCAGGCGGCGAACCCAGAUCCAGCGUAGUAGACCACCAAAUAGACCACCAGCCAACCCCAUACCAAGUCCAAGAGGAAGCUUGAGACGAUCGCUGAGCUCCGGUGGUAGCGGAGGAGUUCCAACCUUGCGAGGAUUAGAGCAUUCAAAUAGCGGGCGUUCAACGCGAAGGCGUCGAUCUUUCUCUAGUUUGUCCACAAACGAAGAGCGCGAAGAGGCUGUUGUCAUGCCCGUCGACGAGCCAUACUCUCAAUCGCAGCCGAGAUCGUACUUUACUUUGCAUCGCGCCGCCACUAUUGCUGCCAAUGCGCCAGCGACCAGGCAGCAUCUUAGAGCUCUUCCAGAUCGGCCUUUAGAAUACCGACGAGCUGAUGGGCUAAGAGAGAUACCGCACGAAAGCGACGCAGACAAUUGGGUCCCACCUCCACCUGUUUAUAGCGAGGAGCCCGACAAUGUUGUCAGCCAUCCGGUCUCCGCCAAUCCUCAAGCAGUUGCUGCGUAUGUCCCUCAGGCACCUAAGCCGCCAAGUCUCAUGCAGAAUCGACUAUCACGGCCGCUGUCUGGAGUACCUCCAGUCUCUGCGAUUCCUCUAAACCCAAGCUCGACGUACGCCACUCAGUCGCAGGCAUACUCACAGGGUUCGGCUGUGCUUGCUCAGCAUCCGGGCUCGUCAUCCAAUGCUAGUACCAUGCAACAGCUUUUGCAUCCUCGAUCACGAACUACAAGACCAGGAUCUUCGCAUAUGAGUGCCAGCGCUAGCAGUCUGCAGGCAAGCUCUCAAAUGGCGCUAGACAGUCUGCAGACCAGUAGUUCGCGCAUCCCGAACCAUCGUAAUGCUGACUCAGCCUCAUCGACUUCUAGUCGAACAAGUCAUAACACGGCGAUAUUCCAACCAGGCCAACAGUCAACUUUGAAUGCAAACAUAGCUACUUCAGCACCGGUAAUACCACUUGUUACUCAGGGCUUACCGCCCAAUAUGACAGCUCCGUCGCCCAUUGCGGAGUUUGUAAGACCGCCGGCUACACGUCGGGAUACACCUUCGCCGGCAAGUCCAAUCGUGGAUCAAGUUGCUCCGCCGCACCGAAGAUCAGGCAGUGGUAGUUCGCCUACAACUGGUGCGCUUUUAGGUGCGUGCACUGAUGCCACUCCGCAUGCAGUGUCUAGCGAUCUGACGCGGAGUUUACCAUCAGUUCCGACUGUAAUGCAAGAGUCGUCACGGAGGAGUUUGGAAAAUAACAGUCCGUCGUCAAGGAGGACACAGCGGCCCGUACUGAACCGACUUGCUACCAUCGCCUCAGUAUCAGAGCAGCGGCAACAAAAUAACUUUAUUCCCGAGCCGAUCAUACACAGCGCAAGCACGCCGACCACAACAGAUACGUUUGGUCGGAGACAGUGGUGGCGCAUCGGUGCUGCAAGAACUCCAAGAGCAGAAGGAGCAUCUACACCAAUGCAACGCGAAGCGAAUGGUCUGAGACCUGGCUCAAGGAUCAUGCAGUAUGCUCCUAUCGAUCAACCGAGACACGCGGCAACAGCACCUGCGACAGCGCCUACGACGGGCAGCAAAACAAAAGAGAAGGAUGGCGGAUCAAGGUGUGCCAUCAUGUAGCGCCUCGGCCAUGAUGAUAAAAUGUGAAUUCGAGAGGAGAGCACUGAAAUUGAGAUUUAUGAUACCCAAAUACGCAACAACAUUGCAGGUCAAUCAGGUCGAAGAGGAGACACCUUUUUCGAUAUGGUGAAAAAGCGCGAACUCCCUUCGAGCCUCCACACAGCUUGCGGUUGGAGGAUGUCGCGACUUUAAUUCCUUUUCGUUAGAUAUAUGGAGCUACUUAGUUAUUCAUGAGCCACGGUUGCCGCGAGGCCAAAAAUCUUG